UCUUCAUUUCCGGUUGGAUGACAUCAAAAUGUUUAUUUACAAAAUUUUAGAUAUGUUUUAAAGAAAACCUUCAUAAUGUCUGCAUUAGGUUUAGACAUAAAAAAGAAGUUUAAAUCUCUGAUUGGAAAACAGGAUUCAUUUACAUCUCCAGUUGAAGAACAAAUUGAUCGUGAUUCUUUUCCAGGAGAUUUGCCAGCAGUGACUAAAUACAAGCAUACUGUACUUGCUAAUCCUCAUGAAGAGCAGGAAGUUUUAGAAGGCAUAGAAAAUAUAUACUACAGUCAUACAGAUACUAGUUUAUAUGAACUAGAGAAACUUCCAGAAGUAUUAGAUUUACAAGAUAUAGAUGCAGACAGAAACAGACUUAGAAAGCAGCUCAAUGUGGUAUCAAAGAAAGUUUCUGACCUUGUCUUACAAAACCACCCUGCUUAUGCUAGAGAAUUACAAAGAGUUAUGGAACUUGAGAAGACUCUUCAGUUAGCUAGUGUUAUAUGUGCCAAUGGCAGAAGAAAUCUGUCGGAUGCCAGACAAGUAUUUACAUCUGCCAGUCUGAAGAUGCUGGCCAACGUUAGAAAAAGGCAACAACUUACAGGUCUUCUGAAGUCACUCAGGACAAUUAAAACUCUGCAAAGAACAGAUCUGAGAUUGAGGGAAAUGUUAGAGGAAGAAGAUUACUGUGGUGCCAUCCAGCUGUGUUUAGAAUGUCAGCAAGCAGCUAGUACUUACAAACAUUUUAAAUGUAUCAGCGAGCUAAAUUCCAAGUUACAGGAUACCUUAGUUAUGAUAGAGGAACAGUUAGAUGUAGCCCUGUCUAAAACUUGUAGUAAUUUUGAUGUCACACAUUAUGAGAAAGUACAGAAAGCUUACAGACUUCUUAAUAAAACUCAGCUCUAUGAGUAUACUUAUAUUCGAGUAACUCAAGUCAGUUUGCAAACAGCCAUGGACCAACUUCAUAUGCAUUUUACCAGUGCUAUACAUAAUACAGCAUUUACUAUAGUGUUAGGAUAUGUAGAACUGUGUUCUGGGACCACUAAUUCUAACUUCCAUAAGAGGCAGUAUACAGAUUUAUGUAAGAAUGUAACUCAGGAUAGUUUUACGCCAUGUUUGAUUGACUUAUGCAAAGCAUUAUGGGAAGUGAUGAAAAGUUAUUUUAAGACAAUGCAGUGGCAUGAACAGAAUGAUAUCAAUGUACAAGACAAAGAUGAAACAGAAGAAGGGACAGAGGAGAUAGCGUUCAAUAAGAAAUACAUUAAACAGAAACUGGACCAUGGGCUGACCAGGAUAUGGAUGGACGUCCAACAGAAGGUCAAAUUAUUUGUCCUUGGCACAGAUCUGUCCCAUUUUAAGUUAGAAGAGUUCAUUAGAGUUUUAGAUAUCAUUCAUAGAAUGAUAGAGAUUGGUGAAGAAUUCUGUGGAAGUAAAUCUGAUGGCUUACAAGAUUCUCUCAAACAACAAAGUCUUAAUUAUUUUAAAAAUCAUCACAGAUACAGAAUGGAUGAACUGAGAAUGUUUCUGGAGAAUGAAGGUUGGGAGCUGUGUCCGGUGAAAACUAAUUUUACAUACUCACGUCUGUUGGAAUUUAAGUUUAUGAAACAUUGGAACAAGUCACCAGAACUCUCUCCUAGAGGUGAUUCUUCCUUGACAACAGAUAAUAAAGUUGUUUACUUCAAAGACUUUACAGAUGGCGCUACUCCAUUUGAUGUUCAUCCUGAAGAUGAUGAAAAUGAAGAUGUAUUCUCAUAUAGUUUUGAUAGUGAAGGUAAUGAUAGUGAUAGUGACUCAGACAUUCCAGAUGAAUUAAAACAAGAUUAUAUUGAUGAGAUAACGGGAGAAGCUCGCUCCCACAGACAGUACAAAAGAAGAAUAUCUCAUAACAGAAGCAGAAAAAAUGUUCCCAUUGUAACCAAUACAACAAUUAAUUUAUUAAGAGUUAUAGGUAAAUAUAUGAAGAUGAUAACAGUAUUAAAGCCUAUAGCCUUUGAUGUUAUAUAUUGUAUAUCACAACUCUUUGACUAUUAUCUUUAUACAGUAUACAGUUUCUUUGGUUCUCACGAUUCUGUGAGAAAUGAACGAGCCAUAAAUCAACGGCUUCACCUUACCCUACAGAGGAUACAUAGUAACGUGAUAGCAGAGGAAGCAACGCCUGGAGCGCCACCUGUUGAUAGUGAAGAGAAUCAGGACAGAGUUCCUCAGCCACACCUUUCCCCUGUGGUUGACCUCACUGCAGCAGAUAAAUUGUUUGGGUUGUCAGAGAGAGUGGUAGCAGCAGAAUCUCUGGUUUUUCUUGCCAACCAGUUUGAGCAGUUACAGCCUCACUUUGAAACUAUGAUUCCUACUAAUAAAAAAGCAUUCCUACAGCAGUUUUAUAGUCAGACAAUAUCAAUAGCUUCUGAAUUACGAAAACCUGUGUACUGGGCCGUGUCCGUCCAUGCUAUAGAUUAUAAUGGUGUUAUCAACCUAAUGGCCAAUGUACGAUGGGAUAUCAAAGAUAUCAUGUCACAACAUAACGCCUACGUUGAUGAUAUACUCAAAAAAUUUGAGAAUUUAAACAGAAAACUAAGUGAUAUAAGUAGAAGAUUACCUAUUCCUAGAGUUGUUUAUACAAGUGUAUGGGAACAUUGUGUCAGAUUAACUAAUAGAAUACUUGUUGAAGGAUACUCUAAUGCCAAGAAAUGUAGUAACGAAGGGAGAGCAUUCAUGCAGUUAGAUUUUCAACAAUUAUUGUCAAAUUUAGAGAAAAUGAUAGAUUUAAGACCAAUACCAGAGAAGGAGUUUGUAGAAGGUUAUAUUAAGGCAUACUAUCUUCCUGAGAGUCAGUUUGAUUCCUGGUUAUUAGAUCACAAGGAGUAUUCUCCUAAACAGCUGAUAGCUCUAAUUAACUCUGUAGACCAUUUAAACAAGAAAGCCAGACAGAGACUAAUAACUGUUAUAGAAGAUAUGGAGAGGACUAGAAGAUAGCAUAGAAUUAAUCAUUUAGGAUUUACUGUUUAAAUUCUUAUACAAACACAUUUCUUCUUUAUAUCAGAACUUCUUUUUAUUCUUUUAUAUCAUUAGAAUUUAAAUUAGUUAGAUCAAUUUAACCUGUUAGCUUGCUGGAUGUUUCUACUGGUUGGAAGAUACCUGCACUGACCCUCUCAUGCUGACCUUUUUGUGGCAAAUAUCCUCAGAAAUAUGUAAAAUUAGCCACACUUUUUAUUACCAUGGCUUUAGAUAAUAUUUCCAUAUUAACAGAAGUUUUCCUUAUCUACAUAACAUUGAACAUAUUAUGUUAAAGGAAUCAGUUAAUGUGGCAUCAAUAAUGGUGGCAUACCAAUUUUCAUGGAUUUUGUCAGUGGUACAAAUGAAACACUAAUUCAACUAUUCUACCAAGAACUAAUUAUUUUAUAGGUUUGUAUGCAGACUUUUGUAAAACCACAAAAUCUAAUAUCAACAAAAGUAGAAUGUUUUCCUAAUCCACAAAAAUAAGUUCCUGCGGAAAUGUUUGUUGAUAAGGGUAGGUUAUACGGGGGUAAAUGUUUGAUACAUUUUUGUUCGUUAAUAAAUGCAUGUCUAAAUUGGAGGGUCAGUGCCAGCAUUUGAUUAUCCUGCCUUACUGGGGAGGGUAAGCAGGUAUGUGUUGGUCAUAAAAUUAAUGUAAAAUAUUUAUUGUAAGUGACCAACGGUUUCUUGUUUAAGAGAAAAAAAAUCAGAUUUGUUUUGUAUACUUUUUUCCAUCUAUUGUUAGUCUUAAAUGUCUUUUCAGCUUUUUAUUUUUUUCUGCUCUGUUUAGAUAUUUUUUAUCAUCCAACCACAAUAUGGCACAUGCUGAUAAGAGUGCUAUUUGACUGGAUAAACUAUUUCAGCAAAGGUCCUUGUUUUUUUUGGACCAUACGACCAAGGAACCUUCAAGUAGAUACACUAAAAUAUAAUAUAAAAAUACAGGCAUCUUCACAUUUUUUUCAACUUUACUGUUGAAAUUAUAUACUAAACUCGUUCAGUGUCUUUAUUUCUCUAAUAAACAGAUAGUUAUUUCUCUAUUAAGGGAAGUAACUCACUUUGUUAAUAUUAUUAUUUAUAUAAAAAUCAUGUAGAAUUGUCAAGACAAAGUAUGUAGUAAUAAGCACCUGACAGAUGUAAUGUAGUGUAGUAUAUAAUACAUAGAUUUAUAUCCACAAUGGCAACUGUAGAUAAAUAGGAUAGAAAAAUCUAAAGUGCAAUAAAAUUAAUUAGUUGUAUGACCUUAUGAUGAGUAUGAAUGUUCUUUCUUAAAUUGCCACAGAAUCACCUAAAAAGUUU